UAGGUGGCAAAAGAUAUGAGUCUCGUUCGCAAAAUAAAGUCAACAUUAACUCGAUGGCUGCAUCUAAUCAAAUUAGUCCUCGUGGUUUUGAUGAUCAUUUUUAUCUUUUACAAUUUGAGGAGUGGGAUAGUAUACGAUCUUGCAUUCCUAGGAAAUUCGACUAAAGAAAACAAGCUAAUGGUUUCUUUUCCAGUGGAAACAAGGGAAAACUCCAAAAAUAUCAGUAUUCAUACCAAUAUUAGUGGUUACAUAUUCCACAACCAUCGAUUAAGAUUAUGGUAUGAAGGUAGAUGUAUAGACUCUAGUGACGGAGAAAAGUUGACAGUACAGUUUUGUGAUCCUAAUUUACAGCAGGCGUUCAGUCUAACGAUGGAUAAUCGUCUGAUAUAUGAGAGAACUGGAAGAUGUGUAAACUACAAAAGCCAUGAUAAUGCCAAAUUUCUGGAACUUAUAGAUUGCUCUGAUGUCACAGAAUCGUUCUUUACAGAAGACAAAGAUGAAAUGCUUUACAUACAGCGUAUCGUGAAGAAUGAAGAGCUGUGCAUCACACCAAUGUCAGAGUGGAACGAUUUGAACGUUACAACAAGUCCUUGUCUGGAGGAUCCUGUUGGAUUAACACGUUGUAAUAAGCAUGCUUCUAGAAUACUACUGAUGAAGGAAGAUGUUUUUCAAGAAGACAGAAAAUUGUUAAAGAUGGCUGUUGUACCUCCAAAUAGUUCAUGUGACUUUAAAGCGUGUGGGUUCAACAAAAGAGAGCCGGUGAAACUCCUGCCACCUGACCAGGUGGGAAGAUGUACAAAUAUGUGGGAAUGUGUGACACUUGCAGUAAAAACAACCAGAAGACCACAUCUUAUAUUGCGUCUAGCUCGAUCAGUGAGAGACAGUCUGGGGUUCGAUCUCCCGAUAGUUGCAUACGACGACGGACCAAACGAUUACCCUGAUGAAAUAUAUCAGCAAAUUGCAGAGUAUCCCUUAUUACAGUACGUAGUGGGUAAAAAUGAAGAUCUCGGUAUAGCUCGAGGGAGAAAUUUGGCUGUUAUGCAGGUCAAGACUAAGUACUUCUUCCUUCUUGAUGAUGACAUCAAGUUCAAUGAAUACACAAAACUCGAUAAACUUGUUGAAAUCCUGGACACUACCGACGUCGCUGUGGCCUCAGCUGCUUACAAGGUAAUCGUUUUUACUUCAUACCUUGAAUUUGGACAUUUCAACGAGAACAAGGCAAACCGUAGACUGGGAGUUUACCAUGAAGCUUGCACAAUUGUCAACCAAACAAUUCCAAACCAUCCAAGUUGUGUCAGAUGCGAUAUUACUUCAAACGUAUUUCUGGCACGAACCAAAGAGAUAUUGGAUAUAGGAGGAUGGGACCCAGAGCUAAUGAUAUUGGAACACAAGGAUAUAUUUAUUAGACUGAAAGCAGCUGGCAUGAAAGUUGCACUUUGCCCGGAUGUGAAAGUAGACCACGCUCGUCCGUCAAAGAUAGCAGUUAAAGGCGAGGACUACUCAGAAAAAAGGAGACGAGCAGCAGGAAGGUUUAGAGCUCUAAUAAACAACAGAUGGAACAUUCAGAACAUAUUCGAUAGAUCAGCAAGAAAUCACUUGGUGAUGAACCACGAUACAGGAGAGAUAACAUACAAGGAGGAGAAGGAACAUGAAUCAUGUUAAUGUAUUUAUAAUCAUCAAUUAGUUACCACUUUAAACAUUGUCAAACAGAAAUUGUAUCCCCAGGAAACCUUACUGGCUGGGGCUUAACUUCAAAAGUAAGAGAGCUAGAGACUUCCGGCUUUUUGCAAAAUGUUCGCCUUAUAAAAAUAACGUUUCCUUCCCAGAAGGAAAAUUAAGGACAACAUAGAUUUUGACUUAUCUCAAAAUCUCCAGAAAAGUUUCAUUUUGGGCCGAUCACAAGUUUGCAAGUUUAACUUAGCGGAUUCCUGUCGUCUGAUUGGCUGAAUUGUGUCCCGUGCUGGCUGCUUAAAGAUUGGAAAGUGCCACGUGUGCAAAUCACUUAAUGUCGCGCGCAAGGUCAAGCCAUCUGUUUAAAUUAGACAACCUGUAGUAACACGGCCAGCCAGUAAUAUUUAACGUUUCCUGGGUCUUCGAGACCUGCCUUUAGAAGUCCGGCUGAUAACUUUGGCAUUAUAAGGGUUGCCAACUCUUUCAGAAUAGAACAUCUUUCAGGAUAGAAUGGUUUCAACUAAAAUUCCUAACCUCUCCAGAAUAGAGCAGGGAUUACCUGCUGAUAGUUGUUGUUCUAGGGUAAAAUAAGAGCUGUUCCCUGUUUGGGAUAUGGAUACCUAAAGGGUCAAUUUUAAAUUUUUAGCCUAUUUAAAUAUUUCCCUUUUCAAUCAUCGUGUUCUUUCUUAUAUGAAUAUCAUUGUAUCAUAUAAAAUAUAAAUCAGUCUUGUCGUUUGCAGUUUAAGUUUCAUUAAGUUGGCUAUUUCUACGCUAUGAAUUUCAACUUAAUUAAAUGUUCCUAUUUUUAUCCGAUUUGUUUGAAUUGUUACUGCUGUACGAUAUCCAUUAUAAAUUAUAUUUAUUCCAUAUAAUUACAUAGUAGUAUUUUCUAUGAUUAAUCUUAUGAGAUACAUCAGCGAAUUGCAGAGUAUCCCUUAUUACAGUACGUAGUGAGUAAAAAUGAAGAUCUCGCUAUAACUCGAGGAAGGAAUUUGGC